AACAAGCACUGCAAAAACGACAACAAGACUUUUAAAUGCAACUGACGGUACUGGCACUUUCAUCGAUAGCAGCAACAACAACAACAACGAGGCCUCCACCGUCGCCUAUGAACAGCAGCAACAACAACAACAACAACAAACAUUGCAAUAUGCUCAAAUAACGGCAUUAGAUAAAGAAGUAGUUGAACGCCUGAUCAAGCAAUGGGCACCGAUUGUGUGGCUGGCGCCGGAGGAAAAAUUCAUGCCACUGGGCGUUGAGGAGUUUCUGCAGCAUGUGCAUCCCAUGGACAAGGAUCGCAGCUUUACGCCGGGCGUGCCCUUCAGCGAAUACUCCACCAAAUCACACCUGGUGACCAAUGGCGAGAUGGAGGAUCUGCUCAAGAACGAGCAAUCGUUCAUCCACGGCCGUAAUCCCAAUGAGGCGCCAGUGCCCAUCUAUGGCGUGGUCACACUGUGUCCCGGUCCGGCCAAACGCGAGCCCGAAGCCAUGCCUCCGUCACCAUUGGCCAGCACACGGGGUCCCUACAUACCGGUGUCCAUUGAUCCGCUGGAGGAACGCAAUGAGACGGUCCGACGUUCGUCGCGACUCUUUCCACUUUUUCAGCGCGUAAGGCGCGAGGCAGGCAGCAUGCCAGAGUAUGGGCCGCUCAGUGACUACGAUCUGGUCAUGGGCGAGACACAGUUAGCCGGCGCAGCGCUUCCUGAACCUGCGACGUUGGAGCAGCAGCAGCAGCUGGAGUCGGAGUUGGAGAAUGGUAUCCCAGUGAACAAUUUUAUAGCCAAUCUGGCGGACAAUGUCAAGUUCAGUGGAGGCGUCGAUCUGGACGACAAUCUGGAGGAUAACAAUAUAGGCGAUGCGCCAGCGCAAGAGACGCAGCGGGUCAAGGGACAGCUGCCUGGCUUCCAUGUCACCUAUUGGAUGUUCUAUCCCUACAGCCAAGGCAAGACGAUGUGCACGCUGAGCCUGGGGCCCCUGGGCCGCAUACCCUUUCCGGCUGUCUACGGCUACUGCCUGGGCCACCGCCGGGACAUUGGCAGUCAUGUGGGCGACUGGGAGCACAUGAGUUUGUACUUUAACGGCGAUGCCGAGCCGCAGGCCAUGUAUGUCUCCGCUCACGAUGCGGGCGCCUACUACAGCUACAAUCGCCUCACUGGCUCCUUUGAGUUUCGGCGCCAGGAGACGCGAAAGGGCAUCCUGCAGCGUCCCAAUUUUCCCAAAACGGUCACCACGUUCAAGAAUCAUCCGGUGCUCUUUGCCGCCAAGGGCUCCCAUGGCCUGUGGACUGCGCCCGGCAAGCAUCGUUUCGUUAAGGUGGCCCGACUGUACGAUAUUAAUGGCUUUGGCACGCCCUGGAACACUUGGAAGGCGGUCGAUAUAAGCUAUAAGAAUCUGCGCUCCUAUGGUCGCUCUUUGGUGCCCGAUUGGCUGACCUAUCGCGGCAAGUGGGGCAAUCCCAAGAGCAAGUGUCAUCCCUUUCGUCGCAUUGGCCUCAACUUCUGCGAGUUCACAGACGGACCCACGGGCAUACCACUAAAGGAGCCGCACUUUGAAUGCGGCGCCGACUAUCGCUGAUUGUAGGAUUGGCCCGACUAGCAUUAAGCUUAACUUAAGAAAAGUAUUUAUUGUGAAAUUCCCUACCUGCUGGUUGCUCCCUAAAAAGCAUUAAAACUGACCUAAGAAACGUGCUUAACAAUUUA